AUGUUAGCAGACAUCCAGCAAAUGUUCGACUGUUUUGAGGUAAGCGAGAACCAUCAAAACUUUCUUAGAUUCCUGUGGUACGAAGAAUAUGAUAUCAACAAAAACAUCAUUGACUAUCGAAUGAAAGUUCAUGUUUUCGGCAAUAGUCCUUCGCCUGCCGUCGCCAUCUACGGGCUGAGAAGAGCCAUUAGAGAAGGUGCACCACAUUAUGGCGAUGAUACUGUUCAGUUUGUGGAAAGACAUUUCUAUGUCGAUGAUGGUCUCAUAUCUGUACCAACUGAUCACGAAGCAAUUGACCUGCUUAAAAGGACACAGACCUCUCUAGCGGAAUCAAACCUUCGCCUUCACAAGUUCACCACAAACAGUCAAAACGUCUUAAAGGCCUUAUCCCCAGAAGACUGUGCAACAACUGUCAAGGACUUAGACCUCAGCGGAGAGACACAAUCCAUCCAGCGCAGUUUGGGCCUCCUGUGGGAGAUAUCGACAGACACCUUUACGUUUUCUGUAUCAACAGAUCCAAAGCCCUUCACUCGUCGUGGUGUGUUAUCCACUGUACCCAGCAUUUUUGACUCUCUAGGUCUGCUGGCCCCUGUCACUGUCUGUGGGAGAGCCCUUGUUAGAAAGCUUACUGCUGACCUCUCCGAUUGGGACACUCCGCUCCCAGAAGAAAAACGUGAAAAGUGGGACUCAUGGCGCAAAUCGCUUCACGAUCUCAAGCAGAUGCACAUACCACGAACCUAUACGGACAUGUCACUUUGCAACAGUGAGCACAUUGAGCUUAGUGUGUUCUCAGACGCCUCGAUAAAGGCGAUUGGAGCCGUUGCAUAUCUCAAGACCGUUCAAAAAGAUGGUCACGCUGAGAUCGGAUUUGUCAUGGCUAAAGGACGGUUAACACCCAAAUCCGAACCUACCAUCCCACGUCUAGAACUCUGUGCGGCUGUUUCAGCUGUUGAGUUGGCGGACCUCAUCCAAGAGGAGCUAGAUGUAAAGUUUGAUAAGGUUAAUUUCUACAGUGACAGCAAGGUAGUACUCGGAUACAUCCAUAAUACCACUAAAAGGUUCUACGUCUAUGUGCACAACAGGAUUCAGCUUAUACGCCACUCUUCCAAACCAGAACAAUGGCAUUAUGUUCCCUCUGAAGAAAAUCCCAUGGAUCACAUUUCAAGAUUCCUGCCCGCCUCUUGUCUAGCGCAAACAACCUGGUUCUUUGGACCAUCAUUCCUACGAAAUACCCCUGGAGAAAGCAAGCACACAUGUGAAAGAUUUGACUUAAUACAACCGGAAAAGGACAUUGAAAUCAGGCCAGAAAUAAAAACUUACAGUACACAUCUGAUGGAGAACAUACUCAAUCCAGAUUGCUUCCAGCGCUUCUCUAGUCUUCAUUCACUCCUUAGAGCUGUUGCAUGCCUGACUCACAUAGCUAAAUCCUGCAAACAAUCGGGCAAAGUUAGGGCGUGCAAAGGGUGGCACUGGUGUAAACAACCACGUUCACCCGAGGAACUUGACCAAGCUAUGAAUGUUAUCCUCCAAGCUGCACAAAGAUCUGCCUUCCAAAAGGAACUUGUGGCUCUGCAGGCUAAAAAGCCCAUUCCGAAGGAUAGCCCAAUCAUCACUGAUGGCUUGAUUCGCAUUGGAGGCCGGCUACAACAUUCGAACUUAGAAACUAAUGAAAGGCAUCCUGUGAUUUUGCCAAGGAACAGCUAUGUAGCCUUACUGCUGACACGCCAUCACCAUGAGCAAGUGAAACAUCAGGGACGCCACUUCACGGAGGGAGCCAUACGAGCAGCAGGAUACUGGAUCUUGGGUGGCAAAAGGCUCAUCAACACAGUCAUUCAUAACUGUGUGACGUGCAGGAAGCUUAGAGGUAAAGUUGAGGAACAAUACAUGGCAGACUUACCUACAGAGCGUCUCCAAACAUGCCCUCCAUUCACCUAUGUUGGACUAGAUGUUUUCGGUCCGUGGAUGGUUACUGCUAGGAGGACCCGUGGAGGACAUGCAGAAAGUAAAAGAUGGGCAAUCAUGUUCAGCUGUUUAAGUUCUAGAGCAGUACACAUAGAGCUGAUAGAGUCUAUGGAUGCAUCAAGUUGCAUAAAUGCACUUAGGCGCUUUUUCGCCAUCAGAGGACCAGCUAAGCAGUUGAGGUCCGACUGUGGCACGAACUUCAUCGGUGCAAGCAAAGAACUUGGAAUGGAUAAAAACCAACUGGACUCGGGAAUACAAAGAUACCUUAGCGAGAAAGGAUGUGUUUGGGAGUUUAAUCCUCCUCAUGCUUCGCAUAUGGGCGGCAGUUGGGAGAGAAUGAUAGGCGCUGCUAGAAGGAUCUUGGACUCUAUGUUGCUAAAUGCCCGCCUCACCCACGAAGUUCUCUCUACAUUAAUGGCGGAAGUUGCUGCGAUUAUGAAUGCACGACCAUUAGUACCGGUUUCUACAGACCCGGACAACCCUCAGGUUCUUUCUCCAUCCAUGCUUCUCACCCAAAAGUCAGGUGCUCCACCACCACUUGGUGACUUCUCGGAGAAGGGUAUGUACACUAAACAGUGGAAACAAGUACAAGCACUGGCAAACCAAUUCUGGACACGAUGGCGCAGAGAAUACCUGCCUUAUUUACAGCGCAGACAAAAAUGGACCACCCAUCGCAAAGACUUGCAAGUUGGAGAUGUGGUCCUGCUCAAAGACAAGCAGGCCGAACGCAAUUGUUGGCCUAUGGCAAGAAUAAGCUCCACAUUUCCUGGAACCGAUGGUCACGUUCUGGCUGUGGAUGACUGGCAUCGGCAGAGUGGGGAGCCUUCCAAGACAUCUCUGCUCCACUCCUUUUUUCGGGCUCCUCCUCCUCCCCUUGUGGAGGUGGAUGGCUACUCCGCAUCGACCGGUGCCCUGUCUAGGGGUCAGUCCAAGGACCAGUCCAGGGGCCGCUGUGAGCCACCCAUGAGGGUACUGUCAAGCCCCAGAGCAAGCCCCUGCAAGAUCAGGUUUACACACCUGCAAGGAGCUAAGGUCAAAAAGGCAGAUGCAUCACUCACUUGCGUCAUGACAUCUCACUGA